AUGCCAGACCACCCAAAAAGCGCUCUAUUGUCUUUAGUCGGCGUAGCCGGAGUAGCCGUCGCUAGCCAACUGGUCAAAGGAGUCCUGUCUCAAAGUCAACAAGGCACUUUGAUUGGUGGAGGUAGGUGGUUUUAAAUGGCAAGAACUUUCUUUACAAAACAAAAAAAUGGCAAUAACUUUGUUAAAAAAUCAAAAAUGGCAAGAACUUUCUUUACAGAACAAAAAAUCGCAAGAACUUCCUUUACAAAACAAAAAAUGGCAAUAACUUUCUUUACAAUAUCAAAAAUGGCAAGAACUUUCUUUACAGAACAAAAAAUCGCAAGAACUUUCUUUACAGAACAAAAAAUGGCAAGAACUUUCUUUACAAAACAAAAAAUGGCAAGAACUUUCUUUACAAAACAAAAAAUGGCAAGAACUUUCUUUACAGAACAAAAAAUGGCAAGAAAUUUUUUUACAGCAUAAAAUGAACUAAAAAUGCAUUGUUUCAGCAAUUGGAGCCCUUUUCUACCUAUUUUCUCUAACAUUCAUAUCAAACACCAAGCUGACUCUCCAAGGCAGUAAUGCCUCGUCAGGACUGGCCGACCUCGCCCUAGGCAUCGUUCUCGGAGCCGGCUUGGCCUCAACGAUUCAUCGUGUCUCAGUCACUGUCUCCAUCUUGUUCUCCAUCGUUAUCACCGUAUUCUUGACCGGACUGAGCCAAAACUACUAUCACACGGUGCAGGCUGCGCCUGUUGUUAAGAAGAAGAAGUAG